UUUCAAUCGAUUAAUGCCCAACACGAGCUACGAUUUUUUUCUCUCUCGUGCGCUCGCGAUGCGAAGAUGCGAGCGUUAAUUAACGCCGUGGAAUCCCUGCCUCGUGGAUUCGUGAUUUUAUUUACACAUAAUCGUCUCUGGUUUAAAUUGGUCGCGAGUUUACUCACGAAUCUCGCGCGAUACCGAUCUCAGGAAGCAAUUAAAACCACCGGGUCGAGUCUUUUGGAAAAGAAAAAGUAUAUUCCCCUUCCUCAGUCCGUCUUUGUUACGCUUUGCGAGCCGCGUGUUCGCGGAGGUCAUUCCAAUUUCCUUCGAAGAUGAUUGUUAUUACUAUAUACACAUCCGCCUUGUGAAUGUUUAUCCCUUCCUUGAGACGUCUCGCACGACGAUGGGAGUGUUUUAUGAAAAAUCAGUGUCCGGUGUGUAUUCGCGGGCGAACGAUGAAGACGCAAACGGGGACAAUUCUUGUUGCUUGUUUGGCGAUCGCGGCGUUUAAAAGUCCAGCCGCCAGCGUCGAGGUUUCAUCGAAAGUCGACUUAGAUUCGGACGAAAAUGAAGAUACGUCGAGCAACAUGGCCUUCGAUGCAAUCGAGGAUCCGAACAAAUCUGCAUCAUUAUCGCGUAUGUCUGAACAGCCGACAGCCGAUUGGCAUCGUGGGAGCGAGCUGGUAAAACCGAGGGAAACGAGGAAACGCCGGAUUUAUACCGCACGAGACGCCUCGUCCAGCCAGCCAAAGGUUAUCAAUAACAUUCAGAUCGUCGUGAAUGGCAACGGCAGUCUGCCGAGCGUGAAUUCGUGCAAACGCGGCAUAUGCAACGUGUCUGUUUCGUCGAAACCCGACGGGAAAGGAAACAUCGUGACCGAGGUGCAUCUCAGCAUCAUCACGAAGGCGAAGCCGGACGUUCUAGAGGUCAACGACGUACCUGUGAUCGACGGUUUUCGAGGUGCCAGCAAGGAAUUGAACGAACGACCGAUUGUUUAUCCGACACACUCGCUCAAUCUGCUGCAUUCGUACUUGCAUCGCGAAUAUAUCCCACAGAUUCAAACGAGCUACCAGGGAUACGGCGAACCGUGGUACCAACAUCGACGAAUUUUUCAACAACCGCCAGUGUAUUGGAAUUACCAGAGCUUCGGAGAUCGCGGCGAGGGAUUUCGGGGACACAAAACAUGGUCGCGGGAGAGACCCGUGGUGGACGACAAAAUUGAGCCGCCGCUCAGCAAGACCAAACCCAGCAAGGACACCACCUCGUGAUCCUACGAGAUCGCAGUGCUCUCGCGAUGCAAACGCUGCCAUGUGUAAAACGGUACGUUGUGGAUCAUGUUGAAUUCGAUUGCAAUGGAUAAUAAAGUAAAUAAAAUCAUUAUAAAAGUAACUCACGAGUUUAAUUUAUGUAUACAGUGUAAAUAUAAUAUACAAUAUAAUCUUGUAUAGUUUAAGCAAGA